AUGGCGGCCCUCAGUGUACAUAACGAGGUGAUUGAGGAUGAUCUGCCUAAAGCAGUGCAGCUACUCAACACACUCACGCAACAGGUUGCGUUUGUUACGAGCCACGUCCGAGACUUGAUCAAGAAAGUCCAGAAUAAAACGUAUCCGACUUCUAAGGGUUUGUCCUUUCUGGACCUGCGAUACCACCUACUGUUAUUUUACCUUCAAGAUGUUGCACAUCUGAUGAGCAUUAAGACAGAUGGCCAAAGUUUGAAGGACAACGACGCCAUCCACAGGCUGGUCACCAUAAGAACGGUUCUGGAGAAGAUGCGUCCUCUCGAUCAGAAGCUGAAAUAUCAGAUUGAUAAACUAGUGCGCACUGCUGUGACUGGCAGUCUGGCUGAGAACGAUCCUCUACAUUUCCGUCCGAAUCCCGAGAAUCUUGUCAGCAAGCUUGAUCAGUCUGAGGAAUCGGACGACGAUGACGACGAUGGAAAUAAAAAAGAUUCUGGCAAAAACGUGGCUCCCAAAGCCAGGAAAUACGUCCCACCAAGGAUCGCCCCGAUGCAUUAUGACGGUGAUCUGACUGAGGCCGAUAGGCAGAAGGAGCUUGUGGAUAAACGCAGGAAAGCGGCGUUCCGUAGUUCAGUGAUCGGGGAGCUCCGGCAGCAGUACAGCGACGCGCCGGAGGAAAUCCGUGAGCGCCAAGACUUUCAGACUGAGCGAGACAUCCGAGAGGACCAGCACAGGAAAAACUACGAGGAGUCUAUGAUGGUGCGUCUAAGUGUCCCCCGAGAUCAGAAGGCUAAGAAGAGACGCAUGAUGGGAAUGUCCUCACAGCUGAAGAGCAUCACACACUUCGGUGACAUCACAGCGCUGACCGGCGGAGACGCACCGGAUUUGGAUAAUCCCAGACCCAAGAAGAAGAAGAAAGUACUGAAGAAGAAAAACAAAAAGAAGAUGUUCAAGAAACGCAAGUAGAGGUUCUCUACGUCUGGAUCGAGACAGGAGGGUUUUCAUGUACUUGCAUCUUCCAAAUAAAAAUAUUCAACCCCU